GUUUUGUUUCGUGAUUGUCAAGUGGGUGGUGUUUGUGAGUGAAUCAAAGAGUGUCGGUAUUAACGUUGUAGAAACAAUUGUACGGUUUUGGUGGUGAAGGAAGCUUAUUGGCUUUCAGUUGAAUGAAACGAAUACGUUAUCAAGAAAACUGUGUUAAUUCUUUAAUGUUACUAUUACGAAAAUUGAAGUAUGCUGCUUCAUGAAGCAAAUGUUCUACAGCUCUGAACUAUUGAAAAACUGCACGAUAGAACUCGGCGUGCCUUAGUUCUUCAACUGAACUACAGCUUUCAAAGCUGUACAGUCUGUAUGGUUAGCGAAUCCCUGUAAAUUUGUUCAUUCAAACCCCGUCUCUUGUAAGUUAAAGUUUGUGGAGGAUCAUAUUUGAAGAAAUUAGAAGGGUACCAUUGGCAGUAUGUCGCCGGGAGUUUCAACGAAGGAUUUAUACAACAUUCUCAAUCCAUUAGAAAGACCUGCCAGAAACGUAAGAAUGGAUGAGUCGGACGGUUAUACUGAGCAUGCAGACGUCCCUCAGAAUAUGUUAACUCUUGGAGCUUCCGGCCCACAGAAUCACCUUCACUCAAAUUCUGCGGAACGAGACAGUUCUCCAUGCAAUGUAAACGGUUUUUCUGCAUGUGCAAGGCAUGGCAGUGUCAAUAGUAACGGUAGCGCAUCAAAUGGAAUGUCAGUAGCACAAAGCCUAACGAAUACGUCGGCCCACAGUUCAAAUAGUCAUACUGUUUACAAUUGGCAGGCAACGAAAACAACGGUGAAAGAGCGAUUUGCUUUUAUGUUUAAUAAUGAAAUUCUUUGUGAUGUCCACUUUAUAGUUGGACGUGAUAUACAGCAACAGCGUAUCCCAGCGCACAAAUUCGUUCUUUCUGUGGGAAGUGCUGUAUUCGAUGCCAUGUUCAAUGGUACAUUGGCCACAAAAGCUGAUGAGAUUGAAUUACCUGAUGUGGAGCCUGCAGCUUUCCUUGCCUUGUUGAAGUUCCUGUACUCAGAUGAAGUGCAAAUUGGACCUGAAACUGUUAUGACCACUCUUUAUACUGCCAAGAAGUAUGCUGUACCUGCACUCGAACGCCACUGUGUUGACUUCUUGAAGCGGAAUUUAGGAAGUGAUAAUGCAUUUAUGUUACUCACACAAGCACGCCUCUUUGAUGAACCACAGUUGACUGCUCUCUGCUUAGAGAUGAUUGACAAAAAUACAGCAGAGGCUUUAGCCGCUGAUGGUUUUACAGAUAUUGAUCUUGACACACUCAGUGUUGUUCUCGAAAGAGACACACUUCGCAUUCGGGAAGCUAAACUGUUCCAACAUGUAGUCAGGUGGUCUGAAUGUGAAUGUGCAAGACAACAGCUGCCUAUCACCCCAGAAAAUCAGCGAUCUGUACUUGGCCGUGCUCUGUCAUUGGUACGCUUUCCUCUUAUGACAGUGGAAGAGUUUGCCAUUGGGGCUGCCCAGUCAGGAUUGCUUACUGACAGAGAGGUGGUAUCACUAUUCCUUUAUUUUACGCUUAACCCAAAACCAGCAGUUGGAUUCCUUGAAGCACCUCGCUGCUGCAUGACAGGCAAGGAGCAGGUAGUCAAUCGUUUCCAGGUGGUUGAGAGUCGUUGGGGCUACAGUGGCACAAGUGACCGCAUCAGGUUCACAGUUGAUCGUCAAAUAUUUGUUGUUGGAUUUGGUCUUUAUGGCUCAAUUCGUAAUCCAACAGAAUACAGUGUUAAUAUACAGAUAAUACAUACUGGUUCUGGUGAUCUUCUGGGCACUAAUACUACCAGUUUUAGUUCAGAUGGAUCCAGUUCAACUUUCAGAGUAAUGUUCAAAGAACCUAUUGAAAUACUUCCCAAUACAAGUUACAUUGCAUCAGUCACAUUGAAGGGUCCAGAAUCUCACUACGGCACAAAAGGUUUGAGGAAGCUGGUGCUUGACUGUCCAAGUGGCGGCAAAGUUACAUUUCAGUUUUCCUAUGCUGCUGGGAACAAUAAUGGAACUUCAGUUGAAGACGGCCAGAUUCCAGAAAUAAUAUUUUAUACAUAAGAUCACUUUUUAAAUAGUUUUUGAUGCUGUGACUGAAAGUGUGUGACUGUAUUUUAAGUAGGAAGUUUCCUCUCUCACAUUAAAGGGUAAAUAUCCUACUUCUUGUGAUAAAUAUUAGUAUUCUCUUUGUAAAAUAAUAGGAAUGUUCAUCAUUAUUAUAUAAUUCUGUCCAUUAAAUGUGUUCUGAUUUAAUGGUGCAUUGUGCUGGGCACACUGAAAGAAAAAACAUCCGAGCAAUAAACGGAAGAGAAAUUAGUAGAGACGUAACUGUGAUAUGACAUGUUAGUAUACAAUUUAAAUUUUUCAAAUUAUGUCAAACUAAGAUUUGAUGUUGGCUGGUGCACACUUAUUUGUUCAAACUUUGUCUGUUAAAGAAAAGGAACAAAUCAGAGUAGAUGACAUGCAAGUUGAAAGAAGAAAAUAAUUAUAAAAGAACUUAACAACCUAAAUGUAAAGAAAGGUUGUAAUUUGUGUAUGGAUGGGGGAAUGUGUUUAUGUGGUUGUUAGGAGAUUGAAUGUUGGAAAAACUACAAGCAUGAGUCACACGAUUUUGUCAAGAAGACAUAAAGAGAUCAAAGUGGUGAGACUUUUGUAAAUGUGAAACGGUGUGGUUGCAGGUGCUUAGCCCAUGUUAAAUAAAAGUCCAUUCGAUCAGGAUUCAUGUAUAAACAAUCUAAGUGCAUCUUACUAGAGUCAGUUGCUUCUGCAUAACUCCUCUUUCUUGUAAAGCACUCUAAGAACAGACAUUAGUCAGUAUGUUUAUCUGGAUCUUGCUGUUCAUUGAGCAUAGUUUUGUCAUCCAAUUGUGUGAUGUUCUUUUAUUUACAGUUUGAUUUUUUUAAACAUGAAUGGGCAUUUUGUUUUAGUCUAAUAUAUCAUGUUUUGAAAUCAAGGCAUUGUGGAAAAUGUUUGAGACAUCAGUGUUCCAGUUUUUCCAUUCAACUCUUAACAACACAUUGUGAGCAAAGUGCCCAAAUAGAUCUGUGCUUUACAAGAUAGUACUAGAAUAAAUCCACACAGACAACAAAUUAAAUCUGUCAGGUUUUUUCCACAUUUAACCACCAUCAAGUCUGCAUCAAAAGCAGCACAGCCACUGUUUAAAGUUACUUUUGACUUCAACACCUCUGCAAAUACCCUUUUCCUUCCUGUUUUUCAUCUUUAUUCAAUGAAAGAAUUUUAGAAACUUCCAAUAGCUAGAAAUUUAACAUGUGCUGCUUUAGUUGUUCCUGAUCCAAUGAACUCUGCCCACUUUUAAGGAGCCAGUUUGGGUUAAAUUCUUUUCUUAAUUGCUAUUUCUACUUGUACCAGUCAUUCUCAAUUUUGUCUACCUUUUAAAGCUUUCCCUGACAAUUCAGCAGUAAUGUGUAAAAAGAGAUGUAUAUAAAAUAUAUGUAUUUGUAAAUUACUUUCUUUAAAACAUUUCACGCAUGUGCAUUUUAAGGCUGAUCUUUUUACAUUAUUAUCUGUUUUAAUCAUGAUGGCUGUUAAUUAGUUGUUUGAGGUAUGAAGUAUUAUGUUACAGUAGUAUCAUAACUGUGGAAAGGAGAAUUUAGUCAUAACUCACUUGACAGUGAAAGUUUGUAUAUGGCUGGCAAACAUGGCUCAGUAUCUUGUAGUAUUAGCUAGCCAAUGAAGACUUACUCUGCUAGUGAGCUAAAAUUGGUGUCUACUCUCCACAUUUAAUUUUUUGCCAUUGAAAUCUGCUUCGUUUGCUAGUAUUAUUACUUCAGUUAUUCUUUAGUACAGAGGUGAUUCACGCAUAUGAUGUGUACAAUUGUUCAGUAUUUUUUGAGUGCAGUGUAGACUUAGGCAGAAAUAAUGUAUUUAAAAAGAUUUAUCGAGGAAAGAGCACUUGCUUUCUGUAAUCAGAGCUGUAUUUACAUUGCUCAAUAAAUAGUACAGAAAAAGAA